AUUGGUCGAUAGAAGCCCGGGAAAAUAUAAAACAAGAGACAUGAGCUUAGCAAAUUAAAGCUUCCAAGCGAGUUACAUAUCAGAAUCUCGAAACAUAAAGUAUGGCUUCUCAUCGGACAGUCGCCACCAUCUGUUUGUUACUAGUUGCCCAAGUAACGCACAUUCAAGCACCAAUACCAGGUCUCCUCACUGCUAUCGGUGCUGGUGCUGUCGGUUCAUUCGGAGCGCUCGGAACGCUCGGUGCUGGUGCUGUCGCUUCACUCGGAGCGCUCGGAACGCUCUGUUCUGAUGCUGUCGGUUCACUCGGAACGCUCGGUGCUGGUGCUGUCGGUUCACUUGGAACGCUCGGUGCUGGUGCUGUCGGUUCACUCGGAGCGCUCGGAACGCUCGAUGCUGGUGCUGUCGGUUCACUCGAAACGCUCGGUGCUGGUGCAGUCGGUUCUCUGGGAACGCUCGGUGCUGGAGCGCUCGGUUCACUCGGAGCACUCGGUUCUAGUGCUAUCGCAGGUUUUGGUGGUGUCGCUAUGGGCGAUGUCAUUUCCGCCGCCGGAGGGGCAGUUUCGACUGGUACAAGCUAUGCGGGAUCGACGAUUCAAACUCUCAUGUCACUGCCCUACCCGGUAACAAUGGGCAAGGAGAUAGAAAACUGGACAAAGUUUGAGCUGAUGAAACCGCAGUAUACAGUUGUGCAUGGAGUAAUCACUACCCCUCCUAGCCCAGUUCGGCCGGGUCAAAAAGAGGCGAUGGUGGCGCGAAAGUCUUCGUUUACGACUUCUGGUUCCUAUGGCGUCGUGUCCUGGGAAAUAGCAGGUAAAUCUCGCCGGUUAGUCGUAAUGUGGUCGGUGCCACUAAACACAUUUCUACACGGUAAUGUGUUAGCUGUCGGUAUAACGAAGCAAAACGUAAACCAUGAUGGCGGAUGGGCAAACCAGAUGUACAACAGUGGAAGUAACGAAAGGCUAGGGUUUGAGAGGAAGGACUAUUACCACGACAUGCCGACCGUUCACUGGGAGGACUCUAACUUAGGAUUGAUGUUCUUUGCGACCAUGAGCAAUACACAACACGCACUUGUUGAAGUUACCUUCUCUGCAAUGAAUGAGAGCGACCUCGCAGAUUCUAUUCGGGACAACCUGGCAAAGAAUCGAAAGAAAAGAAGUAGGCCUAGCCGACGCUUCAUUAAUGGAGCCUGAGAAAACGUCCAUUCGAGGUGUGGCACUGCUGAUUACGACCAGGCUUCCAUGAUUACUUCAAGAUUUCUGCACGGCUCAAAGUUCAAGUCCUUUCUUAUGAUAUAUAUCUUUGUAUUCCUUUAAUUUUCCAAUAAUUUGUAUAAGCAUACACGAGUGAGUGCUUUUGUGUUUGAAUUGCUUACUUUGUUUAUGUUCACGUUUUAUUUCACAAAACUAACUUUACACAACAUAUCAAACUUGUUGUCAAUAUUUAAAUGGUUUAGAAAUGGACGGAAGGAAAAUGACAUUUUCA